UCCACCUUGUGUUAAACUCGGACAUACAGAACAUUCCUACAACACAUUCCCUGUGUCAGCUGACGCUUGUGUGAUGCUAACACGUUAGCUCCGGAGUAAAUGAGCUAAAUAGUGACAAAGUAACUCGUAGAGCAGUCGGCUGGCGACGUAACAGUGUGCCGCCUCUACGGAAACCGUUUAAAAGUGACGUUAACAACUAAUAAAGCGCGGUUUUUAUAGUAGCUUGCUCGUAGGUAGCGGGUGUUAGCAGGCUAACGGUUGAACAGGAAGUAGCUCGUCUGAUGUAGCAGCCGUGGCUAACUUAAGCUCCGCUCAGAGCGUCUUCAUGGAGGGAUUUAAAAGAAGUGUCAGCGCAGUUGUACGGUCGGACCAGAGGUUGUGAAGACCCUCUGUCGGGUAAAUGUUGAUUAAAUGGCAAAAAACAAGCAUAGAAAUGGCUUGGACUUUCGGGGAAGCAGAGACAAGCUGACAGAUAAGGGGAAGGGCGGCUGGUACGGAUCCGGGGCAGAGGUAAACGGUAACGCCAUCCCGCCGGAGGAGCGGGUGGACAAGUACGGGUUCACCGGUGGAGCUCAGCAGUCUCCCACUGACCCCACGGAGGAAACUCCGAUUGAUGUUCUGAGACUACGAGAGGCCAAAUGGCUGGAGAUGCUCAACAACUGGGACAAAUGGAUGGCCAAGAAACACAAGAAGGUGAAAGAGCGCUGUCAGAAGGGGAUUCCACCGUCGCUGCGUGGUCGAGCGUGGCUCUACCUGACUGGAGCCAAGGUGAAACGAGAGCAGAACAGAGGCAGAUUUCAGGAGCUGGACGACCAGCCAGGAAGUCCAAAAUGGGUGGAUAUCAUCGAGCGAGAUCUUCAUCGUCAGUUUCCCUUCCACGAGAUGUUUUCAGCGAGGGGAGGUCACGGGCAGCAGGACCUGCUCCGUGUCCUGAAGGCCUACACUCUUCAUCGUCCAGAAGAAGGUUACUGUCAGGCUCAGGCCCCCAUCGCUGCUGUUCUCCUGAUGCACAUGCCGGCUGAGGACGCUUUCUGGGUUCUUGUCCAAAUAUGUGAAAAAUACCUUCCAGGAUACUACAGUACUGGGCUGGAGGCGAUCCAGCUGGACGGGGAGAUCCUGCACGCUCUGCUGAAGAAGGUUUCUCCCGUGGCUCACAGUCACAUGAAGAAGCACAAGCUGGAGCCCAUCCUGUACAUGACGGAGUGGUUCAUGUGCGCCUUCUCCCGCACUCUGCCCUGGGCUUCGGUGCUGCGAGUCUGGGACAUGUUCCUCUGCGAGGGAGUGAAGAUUGUGUUCAGGGUGGGCCUGGUUCUGCUGAAAAGCAUGCUGGGAUCCCAGGAGAAACUGAAGUCCUGCCAGGGUCUGUAUGAAACCAUGGAGCUGCUGCGAGCCAUAAAGCCUCAGUACAUGCAGGAGAAGUUCCUGAUCCGAGAGAUCAUCGACCUUUCAGUGUCUGAGAAGGACAUCGAAAAGGAACACCACGCUCAGCUGCGCCGCUGGAAGGAGACCAAAGGAGACCUCCACUGCGUAUCCCCUCCCAGGAUGCACGGCGCCAAGGCCAUCAUCGCCGCGGAGCCGCCCAACCGUCAGCACCUGAGACAGCUGCCCACCAUCAUCGUGGAGUCUCCGCUGGCGUCCAAGACCGCGGACGACGCAAAGGGAAGUAGAAAUGUCAGACAGGAAGAGCAGACGGAGACAAAGGCCCCGGCGGUGGAGACGGUGGACGGCCCCUCCCCCGGUGACCCUUCACCUCUGCUCAAACACAGCACCUUAGAAGUGUCCAGGGAGAGCGUGAGCAGCACCGAGCACGACACCUACCUGUAGCACCCCCACCUGUUUACACUAGGAAUGAUUCCAGACGUAGCUUUGACGGUCACUUCUGUUCGCAGAGGGCUUCACAGUCUAGUCCAGGGGUGUCAAACAUACGGCCCGCGGUCCAAAACUGGCCCGCUAGAGUGUUCCAUCAGGGCCACUUGAUGGUUUUUUUAUAGCGGGGGAAAAAAAUGCACCAAAGCUUCA